GCCCGCUGGUUAGUACGCUUCGAGUGUUCAACGAUAUCGGCCACAGCAGCAACGCGGAGCGGACGACGACACACGCGGUGCCCCCGUUGUGUGUGUAGCCAAAGUGUACGCCAAGCGCAAACGCGCCGCAAACAGUCGAACGGCAGCAGCAACAGCAGCAGCACACACACACACGCGCGCGCGCAAGGAGUGUGUGUGUAGAGCGGCGAUCGAGAGAAAGAGCGAGAGCAACCCGGUCAUCUUGGCGAGCGCAGGCAGAGGCAGUGUGGUUUUGUGACCGAAACGACGCGCUUUUGCAAGCUGUCUGCUAUCCCAUCGUGUGCUUAGACGCGGACUAGGCGGGAACGAACUGUGCUAGGAACGACCCAUUCAACAACAGCAAAAAAAAAAGCAAAACAUGGACGCCCAGACAGAAACGGAAGUGCCCGCGGGAAGCGUGAGCGACGAGCCGUUCCUCGGCCCGCUUGACAUCAUCCUGCUCGUCAGUCUGCUGGCCGGCACUGCCUGGUAUCUGCUCAAGGGCAAGAAAAAGGAAAGCCAAGCUAGUCAGUUCAAAUCCUACUCGAUCCAGCCGACGACGGUGAACACGAUGACGAUGGUGGAGAACUCGUUCAUCAAGAAGCUACAGUCCUCGGGCCGCCGGCUGGUAGUGUUUUACGGUUCCCAAACAGGCACGGCAGAGGAAUUUGCCGGUCGUCUGGCGAAGGAAGGAAUCCGCUACCAAAUGAAGGGCAUGGUCGCCGACCCAGAGGAGUGCAAUAUGGAAGAGCUGCUGAUGCUGAAGGACAUCGACAAAUCGUUGGCCGUGUUUUGCUUAGCGACGUACGGCGAGGGCGACCCGACGGACAACUGCAUGGAGUUCUACGACUGGAUUCAAAACAACGAUCUAGAUAUGACCGGUUUGAAUUACGCGGUGUUUGGCCUUGGCAACAAAACGUACGAGCACUACAACAAGGUCGGCAUCUACGUGGACAAGCGUCUCGAGGAGCUCGGCGCGAACAGAGUGUUUGAGCUCGGUCUGGGUGACGAUGAUGCCAACAUCGAGGACUACUUCAUCACGUGGAAGGAAAAGUUUUGGCCCACGGUUUGCGACUACUUCGGCAUCGAGAGCACGGGCGAGGAUGUGCUGAUGCGGCAGUACCGCCUGCUGGAGCAGCCGGACGUGAGCGCGGACCGCAUCUACACCGGCGAGGUGGCCCGGCUCCAUUCGCUCCAGACGCAGCGGCCCCCGUUCGACGCGAAGAACCCGUUCCUCGCCCCGAUCAAGGUGAACCGGGAGCUGCACAAGGCGGGCGGCCGGUCCUGCAUGCACGUCGAGUUCGACAUCGAGGGCUCGAAGAUGCGGUACGAGGCGGGCGACCAUCUCGCGAUGUACCCGGUGAACGAUCGCGCUGUCGAGCGGCUCGGCCGGCUGUGCAAUGCCGAGCUCGAUACGGUCUUCUCGCUCAUCAACACCGACACGGACAGCAGCAAGAAGCAUCCGUUCCCGUGCCCCACCACCUACCGGACCGCGCUGACGCACUAUCUGGAGAUAACGGCGCUGCCGCGCACCCACAUCCUGAAGGAGCUGGCCGAGUACUGCGGCGAGGAGAAGGACAAGGAGUUCCUGCGCUUCAUCUCGUCGACCGCGCCCGACGGCAAGGCGAAGUACCAGGAGUGGGUGCAGGACAGCUGCCGCAACAUCGUGCACGUGCUCGAGGACAUCCCGUCCUGCCAUCCGCCGAUCGAUCACGUGUGCGAGCUGCUGCCCCGGCUGCAGCCCCGCUACUACUCGAUCUCCUCCUCGUCCAAGCUGCACCCGACGACGGUGCACGUGACGGCGGUGCUGGUGAAGUACGAGACGAAGACGGGCCGGCUGAACAAGGGCGUCGCGACCACCUUCCUCGCGGAGAAGCACCCGAACGAUGGGGAGCCGGCGCCGCGCGUACCAAUCUUCAUCCGCAAGAGCCAGUUCCGGUUGCCGCCCAAGCCGGAAACGCCCGUGAUCAUGGUGGGACCCGGCACCGGGCUGGCACCGUUCCGCGGCUUCAUCCAGGAGCGGGACCACUGCAAGCAGGAGGGCAAGGAGAUUGGCCAGACGACGCUGUACUUUGGCUGCCGCAAGCGCUCCGAGGACUACAUCUACGAGGAUGAACUGGAAGACUACUCCAAGCGCGGCAUCAUCAACCUUCGCGUUGCGUUCUCGCGCGACCAGGAGAAGAAGGUGUACGUGACGCAUCUGCUCGAGCAGGACUCGGACCUCAUAUGGAGCGUGAUCGGCGAGAACAAGGGACACUUUUACAUCUGCGGUGAUGCGAAAAAUAUGGCCACCGAUGUGCGAAACAUUCUGCUGAAGGUCAUCCGCUCGAAGGGUGGGCUCAGCGAAACCGAGGCCCAGCAGUACAUCAAAAAGAUGGAAGCCCAAAAACGAUACUCGGCGGACGUGUGGAGCUAAUCGCUGCGCUCCUCGCCUCCCCCUCGAUCGUCAGCAUCAUCAUCACCCUUAGCAACAACACCACCACCGCCUGCCGCCCGCUCUGCCAGUGUGCCAACAAUCGGCAACAUCCGCUUUUUUGGUUUUGUUUUUAAGUCUUCAUGUGCGUGCGUGUGUGUGUGUCUUUUUGGUUUCGUUCUUUGCUGCAGCCAGCAUACCAAACUGUGUGGAAAAGCAUGCAGUUUCUCCUUACCCGGCACGUGUCGUGUAGGGAGGAAGGCACACAGAGAGAAGCCUUUUCCUUCAAAUGCGCAUCGAGUUCAUUAGAAUCGUGUAAUUGUAAAACGACUUAACACGCCGAUACCACAACACGCACACACGUCGUUGGAUUAGUUUCAAUUGUUUUCGUUCUUUCUUCCCUUUAAGUUUGCCCUAUCUCUGUGUGGCUAUCUUUCAAAUUAAACGAUCGGGGUAAGGUGCUUGGGUUGUGGGAGAUGGAUUACUCUACAUGGGGUGUGCCGUUGUUUCGCGCGUGCGUGCGUGUGUGUGUAUGUAGGAGGGUGCUUAGAGAGAAAGACACCGAGCAGCGGGCACCACCGCACUAUUUCGGUCGCGCUGUGCAGGCUCGGUAUUUUAUACCCGAAGCACAGAGGGAAAAGGGUUAGUGAAAUCGUUUGCAAACUCUCGACAACACAGAGAGGCCGAAUAGAAAGAAAGAGAGAGAGGCAGUGUGUAUCUGUCUAACUAGUUAGUUAGGUUGCUUGUGAAGGACGGGGAGGGAAAAAUAGAAACAAAUGUUUUUUUUUAAUCAUUAUUAUAUAUUCAUAUACAACACACACACACAGGACACACACACUACAAACUGCAUCCGUACUCGCGCAUCCGAACGCGCAGAACGCGGAUCGGGACGGGUCGGAUAUGAAACGGAACAAAACUGAUUCGGGAUUUUCCCCGAGGCAAUCAUAGAUGGACGGGGGAAAAAGGGCCAACCGUUGUUCUUAUAGCGAAAAUGCAAUAUAAUAAAUAAAAAAAAAAACAAUAAAAAAAGAUUAAUAUGAAAAA